AUGUCUCCCUCCGCCGACGAAGUCCUGCAGCGCAAGCCCACCAACAUUGCUGUCCAGACAAACCCCGACCACGAUUUGCACGUCGCCGAGGUCGAAGUCCCCCAGCCCGGUCCCAAUGACUGUCUGGUUCACGUGCGCGCCACGGGCAUUUGCGGCUCUGACGUGCAUUUCUGGAAGCAUGGCCGCAUAGGGCCAAUGAUCGUGUGUGGCGAGAACGGCCUCGGCCACGAAAGCUCUGGAGUUGUCAUUCGCGUCGGCGACAAUGUUACCCGCUUCAAGCCUGGCGACCGUGUAGCCCUCGAGUGUGGUGUGCCUUGCUCCAAGCCCACCUGCUACUUCUGCCGCACUGGCCGAUACAAUGCCUGCCCCGACGUUGUGUUCUUCUCGACCCCGCCUUAUCACGGAACACUUCGUCGCUACCACGUCCACCCGGAGGCAUGGCUGCAUCGCUUGCCCGACAGCCUGACUUUUGAAGAAGGCUCGCUGCUCGAGCCGCUCUCUGUCGCCCUUGCCGGCAUUGACCGCUCCGGCCUCCGUCUCGGCGACCCCCUGGUCAUCUGUGGCGCUGGCCCCAUUGGCCUCGUCACUCUGCUUGCCGCCAACGCAGCAGGCGCAAACCCCAUAGUCAUCACCGAUCUAGAUGAGACCCGCCUGAAGAUGGCCCAAGACCUGGUGCCACGCGUGCGUCCCGUUGUUGUCAACCGUGACGACACUCCCGAGGCACUUGGCUCCAAGAUCGUCUCGACCCUGGGCGAGGAAGCCCACCUCGUCAUCGAGUGCACCGGUGUCGAGUCCAGCGUGCACGCCGGAAUUUACGCCGCGCGCUUCGGCGGAGCAGUCUUUGUCAUCGGCGCUGGGAAGAACUUCCAGAGCGUCCCCUUCAUGCACCUUUCUACCAAGGAAAUUGACUUGCGCUUCCAGUACCGCUACCACGACACGUACCCAAAGGCAAUCAGCUUGGUGGAAUCUGGUCUUGUGGAUGUGAAGAAGUUGGUUACGCAUAGAUACUCGUUGGAAGAAGGCUUGGAGGCAUUUAAAACCGCUUCCACCCCCUCAGCAAAGGCUGUCAAGGUCCAGAUCCUGGAUGAUUAG